AUGGAUGCCCUCGAGCAAAUCUUCCUCGACUUCACGUCCUUCGGGGCGGGCCAGUCGGGCUCGUCCGAGAUGGACUCCGCUAAGUUCGUCAAGCUCGCGAAGGAUUGCAAAUUGGUGGGCAAGAACCUGUCCACGACUGACUUAGACCUAAUCUUCACAAAAGUCAAGGACAAGACCGCGAAGAAAAUCAACUUCGACACCUUCGUGGAGGCCGUGGAGCUAAUCUCGGAGAAGCUCGGUAAGAGCAAAGACGACGUGAUCCUCCUCAUCGUCUCCGCCAAGGGCCCCACGACCGGCGCGGCCACCGUUGCCGACAACGUGCGGUUUCAUGACGACAAGUCCACCUUCACCGGAGUGCACAUCAACGGCGGGCCUACCAACAUCGACGGCCACAAUGUCGACAUGGCGAACCAGCUCGACCGCUCGGAAGGCGCCGACGUGAGGGGGGUCAAGGAGUACCAGAACGACUCCCGCAGCAGCGGCUCUUCUGCAGUCCCUAAGCGCUCCAGCCAGGGGGAGGCGGCGCGGCGUGCCUCCGGUGGCAAAAGCCCGGCCCAAAGGAAGUCAUCCGCCCAAGGCAAGGGAGCGGCGGCGGCAACCGCUUCCUCUGCCGCCGCCCCGCGCAAGUCUUCGUCCUCUGCUGCCACCCCACGCAAGUCUUCGUCUUCUGCCUCGCCGCGCGGAUCAGCCAGCAUCGGCCCGAUCGGUCCCGCCGCUAUCGGCGCCGACGGCAGCGUGCAAGACGUGGAGCAGCGGGUCGCAGAUGUGUUCAUGGCUUUCGCUUCCAGCGUUGCAAAGGCGAGCGGAGACAUGGACAGCGCCAAGUUUUUCAAGCUCAUGGGUGACAGCGGCCUGACCGGAAAGAGCCUGACCCGCACGGACUGCGACCUCAUCUUCACCAAGACCUGCUCCAGCUCGGGCUGCGUCAAGAAGAUCCACUACGAUGCCUUCCGCAAGUUCGCGAUAGCCAACCUGGCGGCGAAGCUCGGGGCUGACGAGAGCGCCGUCAUGUCCAAGAUCGCCUCGGUCACCGGGGUGAGCUCCUCCGGCACGGUGGCGCAGGCCUCGCGCUUCCACGACGACAAGAGCACCUACACGGGAUCGCACGCCGCCGGAGGGCCGACGCACGUGGACCAGCGAGUGAGCCUGGAGAGCCUUGCCAACAGGGGCUCGGCCGACGUCCGCGGCGUCCAGGCUAGCGUUUACAAGCUCGAUCCGAACGCGGUGUACCGCCCCUCGAUGGACGGCAACGACGACGCCAGCAGGAGGCGUUCUAGCGGCUCCAUAGCUGCCGGAUCGGCCAUGGUGUCGCCCAUGAUUCCGAAAGCAGCGGCUCAAAACGCCGCUCCCAAGCGUGCGUCCAGGGGCUCCGUCGGAUCAUCGUCUGGGGGCACCGCGACGGGCGCUGACCGCCGCAAGUCUUCCCUGUCCGCGGCUGGAGGCACGAUCGCGGGGUCUGCCAACAAGAAGGGGGGCGUGUACGACCGCCUCUGCGACCAGAAGUCGUACACCGGGGUCUACGCGGAGCGGUUCAAGGGCGAGGGGGGGCGCAUCAACGGGGACACCGUGAACGACGGCGUGGCCUUCAGCGGCAACACUAACUCCGGCGGCGACCACGCCAAUCUGCAACCGUNGGAGGAAGAGGAGGAGGAGGAGGAGGAGGAGGAGGAGGUACUUAAGAACCUGUAGGUUUGGUCGAGGAUGGGGUUCUUAGUUCCUAGGGAUAUGCUAGAAAUGGCCGCUAUGUGUAUGAUUUGUUGUAAGGGUUCUUGUCUGGGCUCACAAGCGGUGCUCAAGCCUUUCGAGGCUACAUCAAUAUCCCAACUGCCGAGUUCUCUAGUGCGAGCACUAACCUGUAUGUGGUGGAUUUUCGACACACCAGGUAUCCCAGGAGGCACCGCAAGAACAUGAUGGCCCUGUUGUCAACCGGAAGUCUCGACAACAUAGUCGCCUUUUACCAAACGUUGGUGUUGUUGCCCCCCUGUUUCCUUCCAGUGUGCGCAAGGUCUAGCCGUUGACGAGUGGUCAGUCCAUUCCCUUUCGUUAUUGGAAACAACGCAGAGGCUUCAGCUCUUACGAACCUUGUGGACGUUGUGGUGAAUCGCAUGUAUCUACACGUUGGGUAGUCUAUGGUAUGUUCCAACCUGUCAGCCUCAAUGAGAGGAGUGGGCAGUUUUUGCCACACGCCUCAGAUUGCUACUCUCUCUGUCCCUCCCCAUAGCCCUUGCUCUGGGUAUUUUGAGAGCCGUUGUUUGCGUGUUGUUGUGUUUCGGUGUCUGUUGUCGAGUUCUGCCCUUCGAGGAGAUCGGUCGUUUCAUUCAGUGGCAUUGUUGUCGACACGCCCUUCACUCUCAUCCGAGCCGUUGUUGGGAGGGUUUCCGUUGUCAAAAAAUGUCAUUCUUCCCCUUUGUUCCUGCUCCUAUCGCACUUUUUUUUCCUUCUGUCUGGUUGUAAUUAUCGGCCCCUCUUGUCCAUUGUAACCCCUUGGUGGAUACGCGGUCGUUCACUGUAUAGACUACCCAUGUGUGAAUGGUAAGAGGAAGUACAGGUAUCCCCGGAUGAAACCCGUCCAUUGCUCAGUUAUAGGCUGACAACGUUUUUCUUGUAACUACUGUCUUUCUCUCUUGAUGUCUAUCGGUGUACAAUACGUCGUCGCCAUUAGACGCAUUCUCCUUCGGUGCCCCCAGCGUGUUCAGAAGAUGAUAUUCCUUGUCGUUAGGCAUUCAUAAGGGGGUGAUUUCUAUGCUGCAGUAGUAGUAUCUUGUGAACCGUCCGCGGUUGUGUUCUUGUCCCUGCAUGUUCACGAACCUUUGUGGUGCAGCUGUUGUAACAUCUCUCAUCAUCAUAAUUAUUCGCCACACGUAUCGUAAUGCUUGGUCCUUGGCAGGUCAUGUGUUUGAUUUCUCUUCGCUUCUAUGUAUACGUCUUCUUAGCGGCAAGCAUCUGUUUCAAUUGUGUUUCACGGUAGGAUGUUGGUACAACCUGAAGUUCAUCUCUUCGCCUCUGUCUGUGGUUGGUGGGUACGGAACAUUUGAGAGUAUUGCGUGGCGUGGGUAGCAAAAACAUAAACAUAGUAGUCGUACAAGCGCAAAUGCAU